UUUUUUUUUUUAUAUCAAAACAUGUUAUUUAUAACACCUUAUAGUAACACAGAACACAAUCAGUACUUGAAUCUAUCACUGUACUUUGAAUAAGAGCGCAUGUCUUGAGUGUGAUCUCUCAAUGCAAACAAAACCUGGAGUAUUUUACAGUACACGAGCCUCUAAAGCAAAGAGCUUAAGCAAGCAGUACAGUACUGUGUACAGCACAAUGGAGAAGAAAGCUCAUGCCCUAAAAGACUACAUUCUGAAGCAGCCUGUCUGGAAGAAAGAGAACCUUAAUCCCAAAACAUGGAUAAAAACAGACCACAGCAAAGGUUUUGCUGAAUUUAUACUACCGAAGGACAUUGGUGAAGAUGGAGGUUAUGACAAUAAGGAGAUGUUGCUGGAAACAGAGAAAGACUUCAUAGAAGCAGCAAAGAGAAACGACGUGGAGGGAAUGAAACUUCUCGGAAGAGGCGUUAAUGUUAAUGCCAAGAAUGUGCAUGGUCGAACUGCUCUUCAUUACGCUGUGGCCUGCAGAAAUGUGGAAGCUGUUGAUGUGCUCCUUCGAAGGAGAGCCAAACUAGAUCUACAAGAUAAGCACGGACUGACUGCUGUUCACUUAGCUGCAUGGUUUGGGAGUUUAGAAAUUCUGAAGCUUCUCGUGCAAGGUGGAGCCGACCAAAGCAUUGAAAAUACGGAAGGUCUGAACAUGUUGCACUGCGCUGCCAUGAAUAAUCACACUGAUAUUGUAGCGUACAUCAUUGAUGACCUGCAGAUGGGAGAAUUGGACAAAGAAGAUCAGUUUGGUAACAGGCCCUUUGUCCUGGCCGCAGCACACGGCUGUGUUCCCAUGCUACAGAUGCUGAUGGAGGAGCACUACAACAUGGCCACCAUGGAGGAAAAUCAGGUUGGAGACACCCCUCUGCAUCUGGCAGCGAAACACGGUCAACGUGAAGCACUGCAGUUACUUCUAGAAAACUUCCACAUUCGAAAUGAGGUCAACCAGGCUGGACAGACUGCUCUGUAUUUAGCUGCCGAUGGAGCUCAUGAGGACUGUGUACAAACCCUGCUGGAGGCACAAUGUGACCCAAACAUCUUCACCUUGAGCAGAAACAGCCCUCUGCAUCCAGUCUGUGAGAGGGGCCAUUUUCAGAUUGUCCAGCUCCUCAUCAAUAGCGGAGCCCAGAUUAAUGCUCAAAACCAGCAAAUGCAAACUUCAUUCCAUCUGGCAGUGAGGAACUGUCAUAUUCCAGUAAUCCACACCUUACUGGAGGCUGGCUGUGAUCCGAACCUAACAGAUCAUAUGGGUCAGACUGCGCUUCAUAUCGCUGCUGAGAUGGGGAAGGUGGAUGUGGUCGAGAUGAUUCUGAAAGCCGGGGUGGAUCUGCAGAUUCGGGACAGGCAAAAUAAAACAGCUCUUGGAGUGGCGGCAAGAGGGAAUAUGGUGAUCAUUGUGGACAUGAUCAUCAAAGCUGAGAGAUAUUUCAAAUGGAAAGACAAUUUACAAAUUACUAAUACAGAUGCCAUUGAGAGCCUUCACAGCGAAUCACCGCUGACGUUUAAAUUAGAUCACUCUCCUGACACGAAGCCGGUUCGUGAUAUAAUGUGGGACCUCGCAUACAAACACCUCAAGCGCAACGACUGGAAGAAGCUGGCAGAGCACUGGGAGUUUACAGAUGCUCAGAUGGCAGCCAUUGAAGAGCAGUGGACAGGUCUGAACAGUUUUCAGGAGCAUGGGAACAGGAUGCUGUUAAUCUGGCUUCAUGGAAUUCUGAUCGAAGAGAGCAGCCCAUCCAAGGGCCUGUAUGAGGGACUGCUUGCUUCUGGGAAUACAAAGGUUGCUGGUAGGAUGUUAUUACACAUUUCUGUUGUCUUUAGAGUAUGCAGUGAUCUUUGUUUGUGGAUGCCCUGACGGAACCAUCAUAACAGAGGUCCUAAUAUGCACAUUAUGCAACAUCUCGGGUGGCACCAGAUGGGUUUUGACAUUUUAACCCUAAUUAGUAAAUAAAUAAAUAAAUAUUUGUAUAUCUGUACAGUUAAAGUUA